CCAGGAACGGUUCACAGCUCAUUAUCCUUCCUCAAAGACAACGAAUUUCAAAAUGUCGAUCUCACCAAUUAUAACUUUCAAAGCUGGUCGAUGUGAACUCGACACAUCGAGCAAGCCGUACAAGGUGAAGCCUCAAGCUACGCCUGGUUACAUCUAUCUGUAUUCCGAAGAUGAACUCAUCCACUUCUGCUGGCGCGAACGGAGCAAGCCCAUGACCGAUGAAGAUAACCUCGACCUGGUUAUGUUCCCUACCGACGGGCACUUUGAGCCUUACGAGUACAAGACCUCGAACCAACCCUCCUCCAAGACGAAUGGUCGUAUAUUCGCUCUGAAGUUCGCCUCGUCUUCCCAAAGAUAUCUGUUCUGGAUGCAAUCCGGUUCCCAGGCACAAAACGGAGAUGCCAGCUGGUUCAGUCCUAGAGAUCUGAAGAUUGGCCAAAUUGUUGAUACUCUGCUGCAAGGCGAGGAGGUCGACGUAUCCGAAGAGAUUGCCCAAGUACGUGGUAGCGGAAAUGGAGGAAAUGAUGAUGAUGAGACAAUGGAGGAUGUUGAAGGCCAUGGCGAUCCAACGGAACAACACCAGGGAGGGAGUGGCGGUGCUGGACCAGGUGCAACUGGAGGAGAUAUUCGAGAGGAAGGAUCCGGUGCGAGAGAAGGUGGAGCUGAUGGUGGACGAGCUGCAGGUUCAGGGCCUACAGAUGCCGCUACGGUGGUUCAGAACUUCCUCAACUCCUUGAAAGGUGGGCAGGGUAUGCAACAACAAGCCCAGGGCCAGAUUUAUACUACCUUACCAGACCUCCUCCCUACCUCCAUCACAGUACCGAGCAUAGACUCUGCAAAACCAGCCGACAUCGACAAUCUUUUGAGUUAUCUCCCUCCAACCAUCCUCCUCCUCGCACAAGAGUCAGCAUCAGCAAUUGAUGGCCUGGUUGAACCAAAUGCCGAGACAGCUAAUGCAGCACUUGAGGCCUUGAGCUUAGAGCAAAAGAAAGCGCUCCUGAAGCGGGUCCUGAGAAGCCCUCAAUUCCAUCAGAGCCUGGGUAGCUUGACGAUGGCAAUACGUGACGGUGGGUUGCCCAGCAUCGCUGAUGCUUUAGGAGUCAAAUUGCAGCAUGGAGGACUGGUUCGGGGUGGCAGCGUCCCAUUGGGUGGUGGAGAUGCUGUUGAAGCUUUCGUUGAAGGUGUGAAGAAGACGGUGGAGGAGAAGAAAUAAAGUGGAAAUGAUUUGACACCAGACUUGCAUGGCAUUCGCCAUUGUAUUACACUCCUGUAUCACAUAGAAGACCUAGACCGGGUUCGCAGAGACCUUAAGAAGCUUAAUUGAGAGUCAAAGUGGCAAUCAAAAAUAGUGAAGAC